AAAAUCAAAUAGUGGAUCAAAAGAGAGUUUGAUUUCAUGAAGAGUAAUUUAGUUAAACAAAAUGUGCACAAACAGGUUAUGUUUGUAUGUUAUGUGCAAAGAAUUAGGAAUUAUAAUAGUGAUUUACUAGGAUCUGGAUCGUUCCGUGUGUGUCUGUCUGUGUUAGUGUCAUAUUCACAGUGUUCCAAUGUGCUAGAGAAUAUCUGAGUGUCACAGGAGUGGAGUGGUAGCAGUGAUUACACCAAUCAUGUUGUUGUCGUCAUGAUAUCACUGAAGAGAUCCUGACAUAUCUGAAGGAUUUCUCUCAACACUGUAAAAGGUGAAGAGCAGUGUGAACACUGCAUAUCAAAAAGAUGACGAGUAAGAAAUUAUCCCAUGACCUGAACAUGAAACUGCAAUUAAAGGUCUGGUAAGGUUGUCCUGAACUUACACUGUUUUUCUGAUUAUUUAUGUUAAUAAUGAUAUGCUUAUAUAUAAACAAAAAAAUAUGGGCCUGAAUGUUAAAUAUACUUCCCUCUAACUAACAUAAUGAAAUGGUAUAUUUCACAAAAAUGAAUUUAACAACGGUCUUAGAAGUAUACUGAACAUUUUAUUGGGUCACAAAACUACACAUUUUAUCAAAACAUAUCAUGACAUUUAGAUAAUUCAGUAGAAAAACAAGAAAAUCCAUAAAGAAGACAGUGUCAGUCUUUAGGCCAGCCUUUAGCCCCUCUAUCGAUUCUCAUUAUGUUGAUAUUAAUUGAAGAGUUGAUAAUGACUGCAAUAUUAUGUAUUGAUUUGAUUGAUUCAAUAGCAUCUCAGAUAGAUUGUUACAAGAUAUGAAAUGUAAAUGCAUACAGUUUCAUAACCAUAAAAUAUAGAUUAGAAAAUGUAACAUCCAGUCAAAUAGAAAAUAGCAUAAUAAUAUGAUCAGUAUUUAUUUGAAAUAGUGUUCUGUUGUUUCUCCUAUGUGUCUGAGGUGCUGCCCUCUAUGUUGCUGCCCUCUGUCUGUGAGCUGAGGAAUUGUGGCAUCUUCACAUCCAGGCUAGGUUGAUGGGCACCACUCUCUCAGCCACCUCCUCAGAAGAUGAUGGAUUCUUUCGAGCCUCGAUGUGGAGCUUCCCAUCAUGAUCCAGGGAGCAGGUGACAGUCUCAGGAUUCACCCCAUCAGGCAUAUCAAAUUCCUGUCUGAACUCCUGGCAUCUGGAAGAGUAAGAGCCUUCCCCAUCAUCCUGCUUCUUCUCUGUCUUCCCACUGACUCUCAGCUUCCUGCCCACCUGCUUGACAGACAGCUCCUCUGGGGAGAAGUCUUUCGUCUCCAGUGCCAGGGCAAAACCCUCUCUCUCUUUCUCCAGUGUGUAGGAGACUGGUUGGAUGACCACAGAGGCUGGGACAUGGUCCAUCUCUCCAAAGACGUGCUGCUGAUGUUUCUCCAUUAGCUCCAGACUGCUCUUGAUCUCCAGCAUUUUUCUCUGCAGUAAAUACCGCUGGCAGAGAAGAGGUUGGACCUCUGGCCAAAGACUGCGCACAGGCCAUUAGACGUCCAUCAAUGGGCUGAGGGAAGACUGGAAUAUUCGGGAGCACAGCAUCUUCAGUCGAUGUUAAUGUUGAGUCCCCUUGCCCUGAGAUUGUACCGUGUGUUCAGUGUUGGUUUCUGUCAAAGCAGUGGGAGUUUCACAGCUUUUAUAUUCGUUCUCUUGUAGCUCCAGUGUCUUCAGGAACUUUCCUGUCUUUGCCUAAGUUCUCCACUGGGUGUCACCGUGGGAGUAAUUUUCUACAUUUGGAUGUUCAGUAAUAGAAUAGGCUGUGCACAUAGUUCGUCCUUUAUCUGUGAUGAUAUUGGGUAUAUUUUCUUCCCUAUGUGUUUCCCAGCACUCCAGGUCAUUAGUACGUCUCCCAUAAGUUUUCCUUAUACACUCCAAGAUUUUAAAAAGCAUAGGCUUACGUUCAAAUGGGCAGGACCAGAAUGGUUGCAGAAUGUCCAUUUUCCCCAUUGUAACUAUAGACUAUAGUUUUCAAAUAGCUUUCAUUUUUCAUAUGUAAUUUGCAAGCCUAUGAAUGGCAAGGCAGAACAACUAUAUAGGCCGAACCUGACUGACAGUGAUUUCAGCUGCUCAUUGGAAAUUACAUUUCCUAUUCAAGUCAUGCAAGAAAGCUUUUUUUCUGAAACGGAUAUUGCCUCUUAGAUAUGCUUCAUAUUCAUGCCCAUGUCAAUAUCAGGACAGGCAGUGACUCAGGCUACUUGAGAUUAAGUGAAAAAUGUGAUCUGCAUAGGGACAUAUCAUGCUUAGUCAUUGUGCAGUAUGUGCAAACUGAAGUUCACAGACUAGAGGAAAAUUGUGAUAAGAUUAAUGAAUUUUCCUUAUCUCAUAGGAAAGACGAUUUAUGCUAUUCGGUGGGUUGCGUACGGUGCAAAAGUGUAAAGGUUGAUUAUAUAGUACAGCAGCUAUAUAGCCUCACCCCGGUUCCCUGCCUUGUCUAUUCAAAUCGAAUUGUAUUGGUUAAUUGGCUAGUUUAUCUGGUUGAAAGAGCAACAAUAAACUGUUAUAAAUAACAAGCUCCUUUAUCAGAAAUGUGGGAUUACAACAGUAUAAAAAUAUUAAAACAUACUGUUUUGAAAGCCUGUUCUAAAAAUAUUUUUAGGGGCGAUAUUCACUGCUGACAAUUGAAACCGGAAAUUACAGUUUCCACUUCCAGGAAGUUUAGCCAAUAUAUUUCUUGUUCCCAGUGGGACUGUUGUAAAAAUGGCGGCGCCUCGUCGCCCUUCUCAGCAGCAACAACAGAGCAUAUCCUCGCCAUCUCGCAGUACUUAUCUUUCCCCCACUCCUCCGGGAUCUCCUACAGUUCCCGGUGGUGGAGUCAUUUUGGCUCCAGCCGGUGCUGAACUAGACAGCGCCGGUGAUCAGGAGUUAACUCCGGCCUCCCCCGAUAUCCCCGUCCCGGCCCUGAGCAGUAGCACCAGCUCCUCUAACGUUAGUACCACCGGGGGUGGCAUCAGCGCUGGCCCCAGUCCUGACUCAGGCAGCACUAGCCCCGCGGGCGGCGACUGCGGGACAAGCGGGGCUUUCAGAGAGUUGUUUGAAGCCUGUCGUACUGGGGAUGUAUCGCGGGUGAAGAGGCUGGUGGAUACGGUUAACGUCAAUGCCAAGGACAUGGCUGGUCGAAAAUCCACUCCUCUGCACUUCGCUGCAGGAUUUGGGAGGAAGGAUGUUGUAGAGCACCUCCUUGAGACAGGCGCCAAUGUUCACGCCCGUGAUGAUGGAGGUUUGAUCCCUCUGCAUAAUGCCUGCUCCUUUGGCCACGCUGAGGUGGUCAGCCUGCUCCUCUGUCAGGGUGCCGACCCAAACGCCCGGGACAGCUGGAACUACACACCACUCCACGAGGCUGCCAUCAAGGGCAAAUUAGACGUGUGCAUCGUGCUGCUCCAGCACGGAGCUGACCCCAACAUACGCAACACUGACGGCAAGAGUACCCUGGACCUGGCCGACCCGUCCGCCAAGGCUGUACUCACCGGUGAAUACAAGAAAGACGAACUCCUGGAGGCAGCUAGGAGUGGAAAUGAAGAGAAGCUCAUGGCCCUGCUCACUCCGUUAAACGUCAACUGCCACGCAAGUGACGGCCGCAAGUCCACCCCUCUCCACCUGGCUGCAGGGUACAACCGGGUCAGAAUAGUCCAGCUCCUACUACAGCACGGUGCCGACGUACAUGCGAAGGACAAAGGGGGUCUGGUUCCUCUCCAUAAUGCCUGUUCCUAUGGUCACUACGAAGUGACAGAGCUGCUGCUGAAGCACGGAGCGUGUGUUAAUGCCAUGGACCUGUGGCAGUUCACCCCUCUCCACGAAGCUGCCUCGAAGAACCGCGUGGAGGUGUGUUCUCUGCUGCUGAGCCACGGGGCUGACCCCUCCCUGGUCAACUGUCACGGGAAGAGUGCUGUGGACAUGGCCCCCACCCCAGAGCUCAAAGAGAGACUCGCCUAUGAGUUUAAGGGUCACUCUCUGCUCCAGGCAGCGCGGGAGGCAGACAUGGCCAAGGCCAAGAAGACCCUUGCUCUAGAGAUUAUCAACUUCAAACACCCACAGACCCACGAGACAGCACUGCACUGUUCAGUGGCCUCUCCUCACCCCAAGCGGAAGCAGGUCACAGAGCUGCUGUUACGUAAAGGUGCCAACGUCAACGAGAAGAACAAGGACUUCAUGACUCCCCUACACGUGGCUGCUGAGAGGGCACACAAUGACAUCAUGGAGGUGUUGCAGAAACAUGGAGCAAAGAUGAAUGCACUGGACACCCUGGGGCAGACAGCCCUGCACCGUGCUGCCAUGGCAGGACACCUCCAGACCUGCAGGCUGCUGCUGAGCUACGGCGCAGACGCCUCCAUCCUCUCACUACAGGGAUUCACCGCCUCACAGAUGGGCAACGAGGCCGUGCAGCAGAUACUCAGUGAAAAUGUACCUGUGAGGACCUCUGAUGUAGACUAUCAACUCCUGGAGGCAGCUAAAGCUGGAGAUCUGGACACUGUGAAGUCAUUGUGCUCUCCACAGAAUGUGAAUUGUCGGGACCUGGAGGGUCGUCACUCCACUCCACUGCACUUUGCCGCUGGUUACAACCGUGUGGCGGUGGUGGAGUACCUGCUGCAUCAUGGGGCCGAUGUCCACGCGAAAGACAAGGGAGGUCUGGUGCCCCUGCACAACGCCUGUUCUUAUGGUCACUAUGAGGUAGCUGAGUUGCUGGUGAGACAUGGGGCGUCGGUGAACGUGGCAGACCUAUGGAAGUUCACUCCUCUCCACGAGGCUGCAGCCAAGGGCAAAUACGAGAUCUGCAAGCUUCUCCUCAAGCAUGGGGCAGACCCGACCAAGAAGAACCGUGAUGGAAACACUCCUCUGGACCUGGUGAAGGAGGGGGACACGGACAUCCAGGACCUGCUGAGAGGAGACGCUGCCCUGCUGGACGCUGCGAAGAAGGGCUGUCUGGCCCGUGUCCAGAAGCUCUGCAGCCCAGAGAACAUCAACUGUAGAGACACACAGGGACGCAACUCCACCCCACUGCACCUUGCAGCUGGCUACAAUAACCUGGAGGUAGCAGAAUACCUGCUGGAGCAUGGAGCUGAUGUCAACGCCCAGGACAAGGGGGGCCUCAUCCCCCUCCACAACGCUGCCUCUUAUGGGCAUGUGGAUAUAGCUGCUCUCCUGAUCAAGUACAACACGUGUGUGAACGCUACAGAUAAGUGGGCCUUCACCCCGCUCCACGAGGCGGCUCAGAAAGGCCGGACCCAGCUAUGUGCUCUGCUACUGGCCCACGGAGCUGACCCUAGCAUGAAGAACCAGGAGGGACAGGCGCCACUGGACCUGGCUACGGCUGAUGACAUCAGAGCGCUGCUGAUAGAUGCCAUGCCUCCAGACGCCCUGCCCAGCUGCUUCAAGCCUCAGGCCACGGUGGUCAGCGCCUCAGUGGUCAGUACAGCGGUCAUCUCUCCAGCCUCCACGCCCUCCUGCUUGUCUGCAGCCAGCAGCAUAGACAACCUGGCCGGGUCCCUCAGCGAGCUCACUGUGGCUGGAGCCACUGGUCCUGCAGAUGGAGCCACCGGCUCCGACAGGAAGGACAAAGAGACUAUUGUAGACAUGAAGAUCAGCCAGUUCCUGAAGAGCUUGGGGUUGGAGCACCUGCGUGACAUCUUCCAGAAGGAACAGAUUUCGCUGGAUGUCCUGGCUGAUAUGGGCCACGAGGAGCUGAAGGAGAUUGGGAUCAACGCCUACGGUCACCGCCACAAACUCGUCAAAGGCGUGGAGAGACUCCUGAGAGGACAGCAAGGUGCUAAUCCGUACCUGACGUUCCACUGUGCCAGUCAGGGUACGGUGCUCAUAGACCUGGCCACGGACGAUAAGGAGUUCCAGUCUGUAGAAGAGGAAUUGCAAAGUACGAUCCGAGAACACCGGGACGGGGGCAACGCAGGUGGGGUCUUCAGCAGGUACAACAUUCUAAAGAUCCAGAAGGUGGUGAAUAAGAAGUUGAGGGAGAGAUACUCACACAGACAGAAAGAGAUCGCUGAUGAAAACCACAACCAUCACAACGAACGCAUGCUCUUCCACGGUUCUCCAUUCAUCAACGCUAUCAUCCAUAAGGGCUUUGACGAGCGGCAUGCCUACAUCGGAGGCAUGUUCGGAGCGGGCAUCUAUUUUGCAGAGAACUCCUCGAAGAGUAACCAGUACGUGUACGGGAUAGGGGGGGGCACAGGCUGCCCCACUCACAAAGACCGUUCCUGCUACCUCUGCCACAGGCAGAUGUUGUUCUGCAGAGUGACCCUGGGCAAGUCCUUCCUCCAGUUCAGUGCCAUGAAGAUGGCCCACGCCCCCCCUGGACACCACUCAGUAAUCGGCCGGCCCAGUGUCAACGGACUGGCGUACGCAGAAUAUGUCAUCUACAGAGGAGAACAGGCGUACCCAGAAUACCUCAUCACGUAUCAGAUCCUGAAACCAGAGAGCACACCCUCCCCCACAGCCGGAGCAGAACAGAAAACCUAAUCCAGACUCAACCAGACUAACACACACCCACCUUUGCUGGGAGAGAACGAAUCACAGAGACUGUUACCCAAAUCACUACUUCACACAUUCUGGGCUGAGCCGGGAUGAACAUCAGCCCCUUAAAUGAACUCUACACCCCUGGAAGGAUGUCUUUUUUCCACUAGUUUUUUGUUCUAUUUCACUCACUAUAAAUGACCGGUUCCUCAUAACCACCACCCUUUAUUUUCCCAAAUGUUUUGUUUUUAUUUUUUCCUUCGUCCUUCUUUAGUGUUUACUUGAAAAUGUUGCCUUCACUGGGAAUUGUCUAAUGUUGUCGCCUGUCUCAGAGCUCAUGGUCCCGGGUCUCUCGCUCAUGGUUGCCACUGGUGAUUGUUGACACUGGUUAAGGCCAAAUAGAGAGAACCAAGCGGAUAAAGUUCAGGUUAGGAUAGAGAUGGGGACUCAAAGCUCAUUGGUUAGCAGUAAGGCUCAGAGAUAAGGACUCUUGCCAGUCUGCCUUUACCUAAAUGAUAGCUUCCCCAGUGAAGCAUGGCUGAGACUCUACUGUGCCUAUCACUCAGAUGGAUAUGUAGGUAGAAAUCAGGGUGGCUGUUCUAGUAUGCAGUAUACCAGCCUUAAUUCCAGCCCUGUUUCUUCAUCAAGCCUGGCAAGGGAAGAUGGGGUACACAGACCCCAGACCCAGGUCAUGCGUGACUGAAAACAACCAAUAACCUCUCCCUUUCUGUUCCAGCACACAAAUAUCAUUUCUUUAGCUCAUCAAACAUUACACUGCAUUUAUCCAAUUAGCUCUGUAUUAUUUUAUUGUGAUAUUUCCAUGAUUUACUUUAUUGUUUUAAAAGAUGAUGUAUAAUGGGACCAUGUCACAAUGGGGACCAGACCUGGAGGUUUUUGACCCAUUUGUUUUUUUAAAGUUGAGAUGAUAUAAGAUAUCCCUCUCUGGGACCAUUAUGGGUUCCCUCUCUGGGACCAUUAGGGGUUCCCUCUCUGGGACCAUUAGGGGUUCCCUCUCUGGGACCAUUAGGGGUUCCCCCUCUGGGACCAUUAGGGGUUCCCUCUCUGGGACCAUUAGGGGUUCCCCCUGUGGGACCAUUAGGGGUUCCCCCUGUGGGACCAUUAGGGGUUCCCUCUCUGGGACCAUUAGGGGUUCCCUCUCUGGAACCAUUAGGGGUUCCCUCUCUGGGACCAUUAGGGGUUCCCUCUCUGGGACCAUUAGGGGUUCCCCUCUGGGACCAUUAGGGGUUCCCCCUGUGGGACCAUUAGGGGUUCCCCCUGUGGGACCAUUAGGGGUUCCCUCUCUGGGACCAUUAGGGGUUCCCUCUCUGGGACCAUUAGGGGUUCCCCCUGUGGGACCAUUAGGGGUUCCCUCUCUGGGACCAUUAGGGGUUCCCUCUCUGGGACCAUUAGGGGUUCCCUCUCUGGGACCAUUAGGGGUUCCCCCUGUGGGACCAUUAGGGGUUCCCUCUCUGGGACCAUUAGGGGUUUAUUUUCUGUUGCUGGAACUGAUGGGAAAUCCCUAAAGGUUUCAGAUUGUGAAAUUGAGUUAUGUGAGAAAGUAAAGCAAGCUAUGAGACAUUACUAUUAUUAAUAUAACAUUACUUUGCACAAGAAAAACACUGAACAUCUGACUUUUCAUUACCAUUUCCCAUCCAGUCAAACUCAUCUUUUAAUGGAUUUGCACUUUUAAACGGGAAUGAUUUUUAAGUUAUUUGAAAAUAAAGUUGAAAAAAAGAUGUCCAGUAUUGUAGUGUGUAGCAGACGAUGCCUUUGUAAAGCUCAACAUGUUGUUAACGGAUGAAGAGUGGGCUGUAUUAGUACUGUAAAUUAUUUGUUUGUUUUUUGGUGGGGAUGAAAGGGAUUUUUGUAGCUGUUUUUCCCGAUCUCUUUCAUGGUCACUUCCACAUUCAUCCCUCUGCUCUGUAUCCUCUUUGAGAAGUAAACAAUAACUUGUCUUGCUUCCUACUGGUUUUGUCAAUCAUUCUCUGGGAAUUAACAGUUUGAAGCAAUGGCUGGUUUGAUUGUCACAUCCUGUAGUCUGUAUUGGAGGACACUGUUUCCCUGUGUCUCCUCACUCUCACGAGCUGGGCUCUAUCUGCAUCUGCCGGUGUGGUACUCUACCAUCCUUGCUGUUUCAGAUACCAGCUCCAGAACUGUCUGCGCUUUGACCGGGAUGUUAACCUAUCCAUUUACUACAACCUGUGUAAGUCCCAAAUACCACCCUAUUCCCUAUAUAGUGCACUACUUUUGACGGGUUCCCUACUGGUCCUGGUCCAAAGUAAUGCACUAUAUAGGGAAUAGGGGGCUAUUUGGGACUGAACCCUGGUCUUAAAGGAAAACACCACUCAAAACUAUUUUUUGGUAUUUGUUUCAUUAGUCUGCUGUUGAUAGUUUUGCAUGUCAGUAAUCAAGUUUUCAAAAUAAAGAACUUUCAAAAUACAGAAUGUGUCCCAGUAUGAAGCGACUAAUGAAACAAUACCAAAAGAUAGUUUGAGUGGAAUUUUCAUUUAAUCUCCACUCUUCUCUUCAGACCAACACCUGGAGAGAGCCUCGAUGCCUCUUACUUACUUCCUACUACAGUUCUUAUCUUAUUUUUUCACCAUUUUAUUUUGUUUUUCUGAUGCUGAAAAGACCCAGUAAUGAAUGACACACUGACUAUCAUGUACCACAGCUGAUUUGGAGACUAAUGUAACACUCCUCCGUGUUGUAAAGAAGUAUUAAUAAAGUACAUAACUGUC